AUGAACUUCUUUGUCGCGUGGGCCAGCGAGUUCAGCACCUUCAAGUUCGAGGACCUACAGAAGACGGGCGUUGCCAUGCUGCUACUCAACGCGGGUGUAGCGUUCAUGCUCAACGUGUCGAGCGUCUUCCUCAUCGGCAAGACGUCCGGCCUCGUCAUGACCCUCACCGGCAUUCUCAAGAACAUUCUCCUGAUUGUCGCAUCCGUCAUCAUCUGGAAAACCAACAUCAGCUUUAUGCAGUUCAUCGGCUACGCCAUCGCCCUCUUCGGCCUUGUCAUUUACUCGACCGGCUGGGAGCAGCUCAAAAGCUCGGGUGUGAGUGCCGUUAUAUGGGCCCGCACCGCCUGGAACUCGCACAGCCUCGACGAGGGCCGCCUCUCGCCGCUCGUGCGCCGCGCCAUCUUCUUUGGACUGCUCACGCUCAUCACUAUGAUGGUUGUGUUGGCCUUCGCCUAUGAGGGCACGUCGGCUCCGGCGGACUGGUUAGCCAAGGUGCGCGCAGUAAGCACUUAG